ACUCUUGAGUGAAGGUCUCCAUCAUCCAGCACACCAAUCAGGUCCGCAUUGACACGUCGGCCACCUCGCGUAUCACUUGAGGGGCACUCUGACUGGAUGGGAAAACAUCCUGCGUAUUCGUCAAAAAGCAAGAUCUUUCCCACUCGGGUGAUAAGAUGGCUCGAUUCAGACGCUCCCCGGUGCACGAGACUACUACAGGCGCUGCUUGCACCUCAACUCUGUUCCUCUUUGUGAUAUUCUAGGACAUUGUUGACAUCGCCUGCCACCAUCCUAGGUAACAUGCCCAGCCCCAUCAGAAACGUCGUGGUGCUUGGUGCAACCGGUAACGUGGGCAAACCAGUGACAGCCGCCCUCGCUGCAGCAGGGUUUGUCGUCACAGCAGCUUCUCGCAGUCCAGGCCAGAUGUUUCUGGGUCCUAUCAAGGCGGCAGUGAUGGACUACAGCUCAGUGGAUGCGCUGGUGGACCUUUUCAAAGGACAAGACGCCGUUGUUGAGGCUUUCCCACCCCAUGUCGCGCACUUACAAUCCACUGUCAUCGAUGCGUGUCUCAGGGCCGGAACGGUCAAGCACAUCAUCACGCCGGACUUCAGCAACGAUACAUUCAAUCCUUAUAUCAUGGAGCUACCACUAUUCGUCCCGAAGGUGGAAGCCCAGAAAGUGCUCGAAGAGAAGACCAGGGGGGCGCAUCUCAUUUGGAGCGCCGUUAUUACGGGAGGAUGGUAUGACUGGGCGAUUCCGCUGGGAUUUUACUGGAUCAACCCGAAGACGAAUACCAUCACUGUGUACGGGAGUGGGAACCAACGAAACAGCAUGUGCCGAGUCACCACCGCCGCCAGAGCUGUGUGCGACGUACUGGCCGACCCGGACAGGUUCAAGAAUCGUCCGAUCUAUGUCGCUGACUACACGGUGAGUAUGAACCAGUUGAUUCCGAUACUGGAGGAAGUGCGGCCUGGUUGGAAUAUUGUCAAGGUCGAUCUGGAUAAGUUCGUCGCGGAGGCGCGAAGGUUGUGGGAGGAGGACUCAAAGAGAGGCGUUGAAGUGCGGCUGCUUUCACCGGCGUAUAACAUGUUUGGUACUUUCGGGGUGUUUGAGGAGAGUAACAGGUAUAAUGCGGAUUUUGAGAGGUUGAUUGAGCCUGGGUAUGGGCAUCAGAAGAGUCUGAAUGAGUUGAAGGAGGAGUUGAAGGUUCUAGUUGAGGAGCAAUGAUUGAGGCGAGGCUGCAAUACAACGAGUGUGCACUAUGGCCCCUGGAGACUGUGAGCAAGCACGUCAAUUAAGCAUCAAUGGUGUGAUAGGCUUGCUUGUUAUGUACUGUAUAGAUGACAGCCUAGUGAACCCUAGCCCUAGCAAAGCAUA